AUGAGUGAUGUGUGUGUGAAACGGGAUGUUCGGCCUGGUUCUGGUCGGGUCCGGGUGGCUGUGAUUGAUGAAUCAACUCCAUUUAACCCAGCUCCUGUCAGGAAAAUCCAAGGGGAGACCGAAACUACAAUGGAGCUCUAUCUGUCUCAGGAAAGACUGGAGCUGCUCUGCGGAACAAAACAGCUGUCUCAGGUAACCUCACUAGAAAUCUGCGUGCAAUCUCCAGAAUACAGCCUUGGGAACUUUGGUUCUUACUUGCCCAAUCUGGUGCUGCUCAAAAUGAACAACAGUGUGCUCAUAUCUGUAAGAGACCUGGGAACCACCCUAUCCCAUCUACAGAUUCUAUGGAUGUCUUGCUGCUGCCUACAAGAUUUGGAUGGUAUUUCGUCUCUCUCAUCUCUUAGGGAAUUAUACUUGGCCUUUAACAAAGUGUCGGAUUUGAGUCAGGUUGGCAUGCUCGACAACCUAGAGGUGCUAGAUCUGGAAGGUAAUGAAGUGGAUGACCUUGUCCAGGUUCAAUAUCUCAGUUUAUGUGGCAAACUUCAGAGUCUCACCUUGGAAGGGAACCCUGUGUGUCUGCAGCCAAACCCCACUAUCACACAAGUAGACUAUAAUUAUUGGGAUGCAGUGAGGGAGCUGGUUCCACAGCUACGUUACCUUGACAAUGCAAGAGUGGAGGAUGGCAGGUUGGGUUCGAGCAGCACCCUGUGGGAAGACUGGGCUAUUCUCCGAAACUGUCUCAGGAAUUCCUCUCCAGCAGUGACUGAAGACCCAGCUGAAGCAAAUGGUGCAUACAGCCGGCCGACUACAGCCAGGCGCGCUUCCUCCACUUCUCAGCACCUCUCAUCAGCAAGCACAACUGGUUCCAGACCUACAUCAGCAACUUCAUCUGGGUUUCUUUCCUUCCCAGUCUCCACACCUUGCUCUGUGGAUUCAGACUUUAGUGAAGUCGAAGAAGACAGCAGCACCCUGACACAUGGAGCUGGCAAGAUUCUGUUUUGUGGAAACCCUGCAAAGGCAAUACGGGCAAGACGUGAAAAGUUGAGGACAGCACCUUCCAUGCCAACCUUUACCCCCCGUGACUUGUCCAUAUAUGUACCAGAACACAUGUAUGACCCUCAAGACAUAGAAGGCAAAGACAGUGGUGAUGUGCUUGCUGAACUUAGAGCUUGGAGGGAGACGCAUGACAGGCGUCUCCAAGAAAUACAAAGCGAUAGACUACCGCAGAUACUUGUUGUUCAGCAUUGCAACGAGAACGAGGAGGCUGAUGAUGACGAUGAAGGAGAAGGAUUUGAUAACUCGAGCAGUGACAGUUGUAAUGAAGAACGUAGUGAGACGAGCCUAGACACAAGCUCCUCUAAUUCAUCUGGCAAGUCUAUUUGCACAGACAAUCUUAACUCUGUGUCAACAGAUGCAGAUAACCUUUACUGUGACAACACACAUUUGCCUUGUCCUCCUCUGAAUUCCAAAUCAGGAUGUAGUAGGAAAAAGGCAAUAGGAAUCCGUACGCAAAGAAUUCAAAUCAAUCUGGCCAAUUCAGAACAGAAUCAUCACUUCUGCAGUGCAGAGCACAAAGUUGGGCCUGCCACAAGUACUGCACAGUCAAGCCUGUCAUUCAAGCAGCAGACAGGGAUAAAAAAGCUUGUUCCCACAUCACCUACAAGCAUUACCCAAUCAUAUGAAUUUCCUAGCCUGCAAGAAGGAUACAAGGAAUCACGUGUAGAGACGGAUGUGUACAGCCUGGCAACAAAAGUGAACUGUCAAAGCUCCUGGUCAGAGCGGCGGCUUCAAGUUCUUUCAGAGUGA